AUGGGAGAGAAGAGGCUACCAAAAGGAGCGCUGAAUGCUAUAAUGCAGGGAAAGAGACCGCCAAAAAGGAUGAAUAAAAUAUUCGAUGAGUCCCCCUAUGAAACUACAUUAACAGUUUUCAAUGCCACGAAAAACGAUAAAGGGGUCUACACAUGCAUUGUAUUCGACCAUCACCAGCACCAGAAUACUAGUAAUAUAACAAUAACUGUUCUUGAUAAGAAUUUUCAGGAUAUUGUUAUGAGGCCAGAUACUGAGCGUAUAGACACAAAAGCAGGGAAAGAUCAAGUUACGUGGGUUGUAGAGGUAUGGGGUCAUCCACAGACAAAAUUUACUUGGUUUAACAAUAGAAACGAAACAAUACCGGAAAAAAAGGGAAAAAAAUAUGUGGUUAAAACUACAGCACCAAAAGAUUGUGACCCCGACCAAAGAGACCUAAUUUCCCUGAAGAUUAAGGAUAUAGCCAUCGGAGAUUUCGGAACGUACACGUUGAUUGGAAGCAAUAGAGCCAUGGUGAAAAACCGGACGUUCUUUCUGAAUGUUACUGCCGGACCGGAGGUUAGUAUAAAAACAGAUCCGUUUCAUUUGGUAGAGACCCAAGGAAAGGUCACUUGUACAGCUGCAGCAAAUCCCCUGCCCGACUUGAAAUGGGAGUACAGGUCCUGUUUAAAGGAUACGUGUCAAUACGUACCAAUUGAAGGAAAAAUUUUAUCGACGCAUGGUGUAAAUGUAACUUCUGAAAUUGUCAUUAACCUAAAAGAAAAUGGACGUGUUAAAUGUAUAGCAACCAAUUAUAUCAACUCUGAGGAAAGUGUUAUAGGAUACUUUGUAACAGACGUACCUAAUGGGUUUGCAAUUACCGGUUUUGAUGAUACUGUUAUCGUUGACGAACCACAGCAUAAGGCGAUAUACGCACUUGGCGAAAAGAUUCAUGUGGUGUGUUCAGCAACUUUGACCAACUACAGUGAAGUUAGUUGGAAUCUAAAUGGACGACCUAUACACUCCAUAGCAAGAAUUGAGUUAUCCAAGAAGACUAGCAAAUAUUCAACCAGUUCAAUAUUGCAAAUAAAUAACAUCAAUAAGAAUGACUCAGGAAUUUAUAACUGUGUAGCAAGAACCCCUACAGGACUUAACUCAACCAAAUAUAUUAACAUUUCGAUUGUGGAUCCUGUAACUACUAAAAUUACUGAUACAAAUAUGAAGGGAGAGAUGAUGCAAGAUUUCCCUAAACCCGUUAAGAUGCACUGCUCUGUCAUAGGGAUACCAAAACCCAAAAUCAAUUGGUAUAAAGACAACGUACUUUUCGCACCAGCUGAUCCCCGAAUAGUGUUCGAGGACGAAAGACAGACUCUUAGAUUUAAUGAAACUAAAAUCGAAGAUGCAGGCAAAUAUAAAUGCGAAGCUGCCUACAAAGAUAUACGAGAUUCAAGAGAAGUGAAGCUGGGUUUUUCAAGUAAGUUAAUUUGUAGUAUUUUACUGUGUAUUUAA